CCGUUUGGAAAGCAUCAGAAGCAAACUCGCCUCUACAACAAAAACUCAACAGCUUUCAUUUUCUACAACACUCCUCUCAGUCUGAAGAUGGUCAAGCUUUACGUGCUUUUUGCCCUCCUGACAGUUGCUGCUGCCUACCCUGUGCCUGAUGCGAAUGUUGUCGGCUUCACUUCCCGUUCGAUGUACACCUCAGGAAUGGACCAACCUGCAGUGCAGACGUUUAACGUAGAGUACGCUGUGCCGGUGGACCCAAGAUACUACAACUACUACUACCCACAACACGCGAUGCCCGUCCAGACUCGACAUAGGCGUCAAAUCGGCUUUGGUGGCAUGGGACUUGGUGGAGGUAUGGCUGGCGCCCAGGCUCAGGCUCAAUCUCAGUCAAUGAGCAAUGGUAUGGGGAUGGGGCUGGGGGGAUAUGGUAUGCCUUUUGGAGGAUUUGGAGGACUUGGAGGAAUUGCACCCGGAUUUUUGAUUGGCUAGAACACACCUGCUUACCCCUCUAAAUGUAUCAGACUGUCCCUACUCUUAAGUAUUUAUUUGUAAUAUUGUGUGCUAUUUUUUGAAAGAUUAAAGUGUUUCUCAUAUACUUUUUAAAGUAAUUAAAAUGAAUUUUCUUUACAAA